AUGGCGCGACUGGUGGCAGUGUGCAGGGACGGGGAAGAGGAGUUCCCCUUCGAGAGGAGGCAGAUUCCCCUCUACAUAGACGACACCCUCACGAUGGUGAUGGAAUUUCCUGACAAUGUUUUAAAUCUUGAUGGCCAUCAAAAUAAUGGUGCACAACUAAAGCAGUUCAUUCAGCGACAUAGUAUGCUUAAACAACAAGAUCUAAGCAUUGCCAUGGUGGUGACAUCACGUGAAGUCUUGAGUGCACUUUCUCAGCUUGUCCCAUGUGUUGGUUGUCGUCGCAGUGUGGAGCGCCUCUUUUCCCAGCUUGUAGAGUCUGGAAAUCCUGCCCUUGAACCCCUGACAAUAGGGCCCAAGGGAGUCUUGUCUGUAACUCGAAGCUGUAUGACUGAUGCAAAGAAACUUUAUACAUUAUUUUAUGUACAUGGGUCCAAACUAAAUGACAUGAUAGAUGCUAUUCCAAAAAGUAAAAAGAACAAGAGAUGUCAGUUGCACUCCUUAGAUACGCACAAACCAAAACCUUUGGGAGGUUGUUGGAUGGACGUAUGGGAACUAAUGUCCCAAGAAUGCAGAGAUGAAGUAGUUUUAAUUGACUCUAGUUGUCUUUUAGAAACACUAGAAACAUAUCUUCGAAAACACAGGUUUUGCACUGAUUGCAAAAAUAAAGUCCUCCGAGCAUACAAUAUCCUUAUUGGUGAAUUUGAUUGCAGCAAAGAGAAGGGCUACUGUGCUGCACUUUAUGAAGGUUUGCGGUGCUGUCCACAUGAACGACACAUUCAUGUUUGCUGUGAAACGGACUUCAUUGCACAUCUUUUGGGUCGUGCUGAGCCAGAGUUCGCAGGAGGGUAUGAGCGAAGAGAAAGGCAUGCUAAGACAAUAGAUAUAGCUCAAGAAGAAGUUCUGACUUGCUUGGGAAUUCAUCUUUAUGAAAGACUGCAUCGGAUCUGGCAAAAACUACGAGCAGAAGAGCAGACGUGGCAGAUGCUUUUCUAUCUUGGUGUUGAUGCUUUACGUAAAAGUUUUGAGAUGACUGUGGAAAAAGUACAAGGUAUUAGCCGAUUGGAACAACUUUGUGAAGAAUUUUCGGAGGAGGAACGAGUAAGAGAACUCAAGCAAGAAAAGAAACGUCAAAAACGGAAGAAUAGACGAAAAAAUAAAUGUGUGUGUGACAUUCCUACUCCCCUCCAAACAGCAGAGGAGAAGGAAGUAAGCCAAGAGAAGGAAACAGACUUCAUAGAAAACAGCUGUAAAGCCUGUGGCAGCACUGAAGAUGGUAAUAGUUGUGUAGAAGUAAUUGUUACCAACGAAAAUACAUCAUGUACCUGUCCUAGCAGUGGCAAUCUUUUGGGGUCCCCUAAAAUAAAGAAAGGCUUAUCUCCACACUGUAAUGGUAGUGAUUGUGGAUAUUCAUCUAGCAUGGAAGGGAGUGAAACAGGUUCCCGGGAGGGUUCAGAUGUUGCUUGCACUGAAGGCAUUUGUAAUCAUGAUGAACACGGUGAUGACGCCUGUGUUCAUCACUGUGAAGACAAAGAGGAUGAUGGUGAUAGUUGUGUUGAAUGUUGGGCAAAUUCCGAAGAGAAUAACACCAAAGGAAAAAAUAAAAAGAAGAAAAAGAAAAGCAAGAUGUUGAAAUGUGAUGAACAUAUCCAAAAGCUUGGAAGUUGUAUUACAGAUCCAGGAAAUCGAGAGACCUCAGGAAAUACCGUGCACACGGUGUUCCACCGUGACAAGACCAAAGAUGCACAUCCUGAAAGCUGCUGUAGCUCUGAGAAGGGUGGACAGCCACUGCCUUGGUUUGAGCAUAGAAAAAAUGUACCACAGUUUGCAGAACCUACAGAAAUUUCAUUUGGUCCUGAUUCUGGAAAAGGUGCCAAGAGUUUAGUUGAACUCCUUGAUGAGUCUGAAUGUACUUCAGAUGAGGAAAUCUUUAUCUCACAAGAUGAAAUACAGUCAUUUAUGGCUAAUAACCAGUCUUUCUACAGCAAUAGAGAACAAUACCGACAGCAUCUGAAGGAGAAAUUUAAUAAAUACUGCCGCUUAAAUGAUCACAAGAGGCCCAUUUGUAGUGGCUGGUUGACAACGGCUGGAGCAAAUUAA